AUGACAUCAACUUCCUCAAUGUCUGAAACCUCAACCUUAUUCAAUAUAAGUAAUCGAAGUCCUCAUAACACGGAUUUUAACAACGGCACCAAUGAUCCUUCUAACGGGGUUGAUGUUCGACGAAGUUCCUUGCAAUAUAUAUUAAAUCAAAAUCAAGAUAUCAAUGUUCCUCCUCCUCCGCCGCCGAUGGAAAUGGAUAUACUGGAAAAUGAUCAAAUACUUUCUUCUGAUGAAUUUAAUUCUAUAUUUGAAUCUUUUGCUACUGUUGUUGAAGGUCAUAAUCAGAAUAACAACAAUAAUAUAAAUUAUUUUAAUGAAGAUGGUGGUUUGAAAGGUGUAAAUUAUAGCAAUGGUUUAUUGGAGGACGAACAGUUAGCCAAAGCUUUGAGUGUUAUCGCCAUGAUCUGA